GAAAUGGCCACUGUCCCCCUUGGCUUCAACAUUGAUGCCCCGCGCUGGGACCAGAGCACCUUCGUGGGUCGCCUGAAGCAUUUCCUCAACAUCACCGACCCGCGGACGGUGCUGGUGCCAGAGGAGGAGCUGGACCGGGCCAAGGCCCUCGUGGAAGGCUGCAGGGCCGGGCUGGUGCCGCCAGGAAGCAGCCAGGAGCAGCUGCUCUACGCCAAGAAGCUGUAUGACUCGGCCUUCCACCCCGACAGCGGUGAGAAGAUGAACCUCAUCGGGAGGAUGUCCUUCCAGGUGCCGGGGGGCAUGGCCCUCACUGGCUGCAUGCUCCAGUUCUACCGGACAGUGCCUGCUGUGGUUUUCUGGCAGUGGGUGAACCAGUCCUUCAACGCCAUCGUCAACUACACCAACCGCAAUGCUGCCUCCCCCAUCUCGCUGAGGCAAAUCGGGGUGGCUUAUGUCACGGCCACCGGUACAGCUCUGGCCACCGCGGUGGGACUCAACCUCUACACCAAGCGAGCCCCUGCCUUGCUGGCCCGCUGGGUGCCCUUCGCAGCUGUGGCUGCUGCCAACUGUGUCAAUAUCCCCAUGAUGCGGCAACAGGAAAUCAUCAAUGGGGUGACAGUGACGGACGGGGACAACAAUGAGCUCGGCUGCUCCAGGAGAGCGGCGGUGAAGGGCAUUGCGCAGGUUGUGGUGUCCAGGAUCACCAUGGCGGCACCAGGCAUGAUUAUUUUGCCCAUCAUCAUGGAGCGGCUGGAGAAAUUCCCCUUCAUGCAGCGGAUCCGGGUUCUCCAUGGGCCUCUGCAGGUGCUGCUGUGCGGGGGCUUCCUCGUGUUCAUGGUGCCGGCAGCCUGCGCCCUGUUCCCACAGAGAUGCUCCCUUGCGCUGGCUGACCUCGAGCUGGAGCUGCGUGACAGCAUUGUGGCCAAGCAUGGGGACAAAGUGCCAUACGUCUAUUUUAACAAGGGACUGUGAAUGGAGACUACCUCAGGAGCCAUCGCACCCCUCC